CGCUACACGUCUGUCCGCUGCACGUUGUCCCGCCCACGUUCCAGGGUCGGCAGUCGGGCAGAGGACAUGUGGGCGACGCUCCGGGGGCUGGGGGUCCCACACGCUGGGCUCUUGGGCGGCGCCCAAGGCCUGCACACCUCGCCAGUGUCCUAUGGCAAGAACCUGCUUAAGAAAUUUGCCUCGAAAACCAAGAAGAAGUUUUGGUAUGAAGGUCCUUCCUUAGGCUCUCACUUGACUUACAAGCCAUCACAGUUGGAAUUCCUAACGAAGAGCACAUCCAAAAGGACCAGGAAGGAAGACCAUGUGCGCCUGAGGGCCCUCAACGGACUCCUUCACAAAGCGCUGACCGACAUGCUGUGUACCCCUGAAGUGAGCCAGGAGAUCUAUGACCUGAAUGUGGAGCUCUCUAAGGUCUCUUUGACUACAGACUUUUCUGCCUGCCGAGUGUUCUGGAGGGCGACACUCUCUGAGGCUCAGAAUGCACACAUGGAGGCCGUCCUGCGGAGGAGUGCUGCGCACAUGAGGCAUCUUUUGAUGUCCCAGCAGACCCUGAGGAGCAUGCCACCAAUAGUGUUUGUUCAGGACAAAAAACAUGCAGCUGCAGUGGAGGUUGAUCAGUUAUUGGCAAGUGCUGAUUUUGGACCCGUAGAUGAAAAAGACAACUUUACACAAAAUGAUUUCAGGAACCCUGAGGCCCCUGACACCAUGUCGCCAUGUGACAGCUCUGGCCCUGCCACGCACUCGAGUCUAUAUGGGAUUGAUCACGAGGCGCUCAACAAGCAGGUUGUGGAAUACAAGCAGAGGAGAGAGAAGGGGCAUGGGGGCAUGAGCCCCAUGUGGCCGGAGCGAGAGGCUGAGCCCACAAAGCACAUGAAGAGGAGGAGAGCCAGGCCCCAUGGGGACGAUGGCCUCUCUCCCCAGAACUGCCUGUGGGGAGACUGUGGUGAGCCCCUUCCUGAGGAGCAGGCCUCAGCAUACAAGUGGCGGUUCCAGGAAGCAGAGCAGGAACUGGAGGUGGAGAGAAAGGAUCAGGGCAACUGUUAGGGCUUUUGAAGGGAGUGGAUGGCGCACACAGAAGAGGAACUGGCCUGGGACACAUACAGCUGGUGCCUCCAGGAAGCCCCGUGCAGGCGCAGCCGAGCCCUGCCGACUGUGACUGCAUUGCUGUGGAGGCAGUGUGGCCUGUGGAAAGCAUGUGGAAAUGUCUUGGUUGGAAGCUGUAAUAGUCAGCCCUCCUUACUGGGCUCCAGAUCUGCAGGUCAGCCUGCUUGCUGGUUCUGCGGAGCCCCCAGGCCAGCACUUGUGGCACUUUGUGGUCAUUCUCGGACACACACACAGAAGUGGAAGCCUGGGUCGUGAAGUCCACAUGCUCCCUUAGGUUCAAACAUGGUGCCGCUCCGCCUGCUGCUUUCAUCUCAUGCUGCAGAAACUUGUCCUUUGCAGUCUGGUCAGCCUCCUUGUGGUGCUGAAGUGCUGUCUAGUUUUCCUAAGUGCCUUUCAGAGAAAGCACCUGUGUUAGGUGCGCCACGUUAGGAAAUAAAUAAAUGACAUCUGA